UCGUCAUCAUCUUAGUGCGCAAGAACCCGAUCCCGGCUCUGGCGUUAUUACCGUCCACAUGGCCGAUCACCUGGGGCCGGAGUGCCAGCUGCAGGAGCGCGCCGAGCUCCACGGACCCGCGGAGGGAGCGGACGCGCAGCGACCGCACAGAGCCGCCGUGCGCAGCCCCAAGUGCGCGCGCUGCCGCAACCACGGCGUCGUGUCGCGCCUCAAGGGCCACAAGCGCGCGUGCCGCUGGCGGGAGUGCCAGUGCGCGAGCUGCGUCCUGGUGCUGGAGCGGCAGCGCGUGAUGGCGGCGCAGGUCGCGCUCCGCAGACAGCAGGCCGGAGAGAGUAACAAAACGCAAAGAAGUGCUCCUUUCCUGAGACGCCAAACCUACCAGCGCUACAGCAAACCACCUAGCCUCCUGGCCAAGAGUUUACUAGAGGGAUGUAAAUCACCAGCGUCAGAAGACUGGCAGACGAGACUUCACUAUCCUCCACUUAGUGUUAAGAUGAGGAAAAGGAGAGCUUUUGCUGAUAAAGAGCUGGAGAGUGUGAUGCUGGAGCGGGAGCUCAGACAGAGAGAAAUGGAAGAGCUGCAUAGAAUUGUCCUCCUUCAGGCUACCGUGUCUCCAAGUCCCGCACCUUGCUUCUGUCCGCUGUCUGACACGGGCAUGCCCGGCUAUGUGCCCGUGUAUCAAUCCAGUCCACUGGUGUUUGACUGUGAUCAAUGCCACACACAGGAGUUCAAAACCAGGCCUGUAGAGCACUGUCCGCGGGACAUCCUCACAACACAGAAUUUUUCUCCGUCCUUAAAAUCGUGGGACACCUGCACUGGGACAGAGACAUGUCUGGAACCUGCUGCUCUGCCCUCGUUUCAAGGCUCACACUAUUAUUGUUGCAAAAACAGAGGAAAUUCAGAGGUGGAAAGGGUCCCCGCUGACUCGUCUCACAGCACGCCUCCACAGAGUGCCGCUGCUGACAGACUGGAUGUCACGUCAAAGCGAGACAGCACUCCUUUUCUGACCGAGACGAAGACUCUGUCACAGACUGAGCAGCCAGAGAAACACUGCAGGGCAUCAGGGCUUGAAUCAUUCACACACAAGCACUGGGACACUAAACCCAAGAACGAGAGGCCCUUACCUUUUUCUGUCGAGGCUUUGCUGAUGAGAUGAUAGGAAGUAUUCUCUGUAGAAUUGGUUUUAGAGAUUUAGUGAUUUAUUUUUCUAGAUUUUUUUUUUUUUUGAUAGAGGAACCCAUGCUACAGGUGUUACUCUGAAGCUGAAUAAUUAGGUUUAAAUAUGUCUUAAUAAUGUGCCUUGGGUUGUAAUUUGUUUGCUAGUUCAUUCUAAGUAUAUUUUUAAUUUAUU